CAGGAAGGAGACGAAAGUUCCACCCAGGGGACAAGCGAACUCCUCAUCAUCGUCCCCUGCCAUCCCAUAAGAGGGAAACAGAAGAGAAAAACGUUCGGAAAAGGAAGCGGUCCGCCGUCGACCGAUCGCCGGAAUGGCGGAGCUUCCGGUACCGCCGCCGUCGGCUGGAACCCCGGGAAAGGAGCAGCAGGCUGCCGGAGUUGGAAUUCUGCUACAGAUCAUGAUGCUCGUGCUGUCGUUCGUCCUUGGCCACGUCCUCAGACGCCACAAGUUCUAUUAUUUUCCUGAAGCCAGCGCCUCUCUGCUGAUCGGUUUAACUGUUGGUGGCCUUGCCAAUAUAUCAAACACAGAAACAAAUAUCAGAACAUGGUUCAAUUUUCAUGAGGAGUUUUUCUUCUUGUUUUUGCUACCACCAAUUAUAUUUCAAUCAGGUUUCAGCUUACAACCUAAACCAUUUUUUUCAAAUUUUGGAGCCAUAGUCACAUUUGCAAUUCUAGGGACGUUUAUUGCUUCUAUUGUGACAGGAUUACUUGUUUAUCUUGGUGGACUAAUGUUUCUCAUGUAUAAACUACCGUUUGUUGAAAGCAUGAUGUUUGGAUCUCUUAUAUCAGCAACAGAUCCUGUGACCGUGUUAUCCAUAUUUCAGGAACUAGGAACAGAUGUGAAUCUUUAUGCGCUGGUGUUUGGUGAAUCUGUCCUGAAUGAUGCAAUGGCAAUUUCAUUGUACAGGACGAUGUCAUCUGUAAAUGGUCAUGCAACAUCCAGCAAAAGCAUCUUCUUUAUCAUUCUAAGAUUCCUUGAGACUUUUGUUGGUUCAUUGUCAUCCGGAGUGAGCGUGGGCUUUAUUUCUGCUUUGCUUUUUAAAUAUGCUGGUCUAGAUAUUGACAAUCUUCAGAAUUUAGAAUGCUGUCUGUUUGUCCUCUUCCCCUAUUUCUCGUACAUGCUUGCUGAAGGUCUUGGCCUUUCCGGCAUCGUCUCGAUACUGUUCACCGGAAUAGUUAUGAAACACUAUACUUUCUCGAACUUAUCAGAAAAUUCCCAAAGAUUUGUUGCUGCAUUUUUCCAUUUGAUAUCGUCAUUGGCGGAGACCUUCAUAUUUAUAUACAUGGGCUUUGAUAUUGCAAUGGAACAACAGAGCUGGUCGCACGUUGGAUUUAUCUUUUUCUCAAUUUUAUUCAUUGGUAUUGCAAGGGCUGCAAAUGUUUUCUCAUGUGCCUUUCUGGUCAACUUGAUCCGACCAGCAAACAGGCAGAUACCAACAAAACAUCAAAAAGCACUUUGGUAUAGUGGAUUGAGAGGUGCAAUGGCAUUUGCUCUCGCUCUGCAGUCUGUCCAUGAUCUUCCAGAAGGACAUGGACAGACAAUAUUUACUGCUACAACUGCAAUAGUUGUCCUAUCGGUCCUGCUAAUUGGAGGUUCGACAGGAACUAUGCUUGAAGCUUUGGAAGUUGUCGGUGAUGGUUAUAGCAGUCGGUUAGAUGAGAGCUUUGAUGAAGAAGAGAACAAUUACAUUGCUCCGACCUAUGAGGAAGAAGCAUCACCUGGGCAGAACUUGAAAAUGAGACUAAAAGAGUUCCACAAAAGUACUACAUCUUUCACUGCACUUGAUAGGAAUUACCUAACACCAUUCUUCACAGCUCAGAAUGGAGAUGGAAAUGAAGAGUCGUCGUCUUCGUCACACCGUGGAAGAGGCAGCAGCUUUGGCAGACGAGGUGACUUGUUAUGAGCAUUACAAAUCCACCGCAACUGAUGGUCUAUGCUGCGGGCCUGUGGGAAUGGAUCUUUAGACCUGCAGUCUGCAGAAUGUAUAUAAUUAUAUAAACAUCCAGCAACUACACAAGUUAACGGUGGUUUCAGCAUCAUCAAGCCGAAAAUUUGACGUUGCUUGUAUGCUGGAGGUAAGUAGGUGGGGUGUAAAUGUAAAAGGGAGUUGUUUUUGAAGCAUACAGAUUAUAGGCCAAGCGGCAGAGAAAAAGGGGGACAUGGUUGAGAUGAACUCAUUAAAAACCACAGUUUAUAGUUAAAUCACGACGGGACAUGUUUCUUAUUGGCAUUA